ACGCAGGCUGGAGCCCGAGCCCCGAGGACCCGUGAGCCUGGCGACCCGACCGUCCUGAGAGUGGGUUCGGGCGCCCGCCUACCGUGGCCAACCGUGGCUAACGCAGCCCCCAGAGUGGGUUACGUAGUGAUAUAAGUCGCGCUGUGAGCGCUUCCAGCUGGAGAUACAGGGCGUGAAUGCGUGCAGCCGGCUGGGCGGUGUUGGCGGAGGAGAGCCCUGGGGCCUGCCGGGAACCGGCAGGCCAUGCAGCUGUGACACAGGAUGUUAUCAAUCAAGCACAGUCCUUACUUGGGUCCCAAAGAUGUGGAGGCUUAGGACACAGCCUUCCUUUCAAAGCCCGGGUCUGAAGGGGAGAUAGUCCAAACUUUAGGAGCCCCUGACCUGAGGGGGAAGACACAGUCGCCCCUGGAAGUCCCCAAAGUGAAGAGAGUAGACCUGGCUCUGCCCUCAGGCCCACCCUGGCCCCUCUGUCUGAGGGAGGAGGAGACAGCCCCCUACCCAGGAGUCCCCAGAAUGAUGCGAAGAUGCAGUCGUCACCCUCAGGGGUCUCCUAUAAUCCAUGGGAAAAUUAAUCCGGAGGCCGUGUGUUUGGAUUGGCCUGGAGUGAGGCCGUAGCAGGGAAGUCGGUUGGCGGCCAUUGUGACAGCCCCGAAGAAUGGCAGGGAGAGCCCACUAGGAUGGCUAACAGCGUGGAAAGGAGCUGUGUGGGAGAGACAUUGCAAAGCUGACCAGCAGGGGAGUUCCUGACAGCUAGAAUCUAGAAGUAAAACUAUGAGUUCACCUUUGGCCUCCCUUGGCAAGACCCGAAGAGUGCCUCUGCAGUCGGAGCCUGUGAAUUCAGGGCUUGGCUGGAGACCUGGUACCCAGGGCCUCACCUUUGAUGACACUCCAGGGGGUCCUAACUUGUCUGUCUUCCUUCUCCUUUUGGCCUGGAUUCCCAGGAGGCAAGGGAUAAAGAUCUACAGAGAUGAAGAUGAGGUGGACGUGCUGAAUGAUGGACAUGGCUUGGAAGAAAAGAUCUCCAUCCCUUCCUGCAAUUCUGGCAUAGGUGCUCCUGCGAGUAGGCAAGCAGCAUCCACACAGUUUGCCGUUCCCUCCGUCGCGGACCACCCCAGCUCUGGGCCACCACACGACCCCUCUCCCUGGUGGCUUCCUGCCUCCCACGCUCCUUCCUCUCAGCUUACUUUUCCGGGACCUGCCUUUCCUCCCAGCUCUUCAGUGUGAUGCUCCUCCGGCCUCUCCCCACACUCUGCGUCAGGGAGCUCCCCAACGCUGCACGUGCUGGCAGCCCUCAGAUGUCUGUGGGUCAGUUAAGAAGCUUUUGACUGCAGGUCAAAGAAAACCCUUUAGUCUGCUAGCAUGAGCCCUGAGGAGAACUUCCUGUGCCCCAUACCAAGACGUCCUAAGGAGGCAGCUCCAGGUUGUCGAUCCAGUGACCCGAGGGCAU